UUCAUGGAGAAUAUUUCAGAGGUGAGUGAAUUUAUUCUUGUGGGGUUAACAAAUACCCAGGAGCUCCAGGUUCCUUUAUUUAUCAUUUUCACUCUUAUUUAUUUAAUCACACUGACUGGGAACCUUGGCAUGAUCAUAUUAAUUCUACUGGACUCCCAACUCCACACUCCCAUGUACUUCUUCCUCAGUAACCUCUCCCUGGUGGACUUCAUUUAUGCCUCAGCAGUCACUCCCAAAGUAAUGGAAGGUUUUCUCACACAAAACAAAGUCAUAUCCUACAAUGCAUGUGCUGCUCAGAUUUUCUUCUUGAUCGCCUUUGCCACUGUUGAAAGCUUCCUCCUGGCUGCAAUGGCUUUUGACCGUCAUGCAGCAGUGUGUAAGCCUCUACAUUACUCAACCACCAUGACAAGAACAACAUGUGUCCUAAUUGUUAUCUGUUGCUACAUCAAUGGACUGCUCCAAUCCUCCAUUCAUGUUGCUUUCACUUUCCACCUCUCCUUCUGCCAUUCCAAUGUGAUUAAUCACUUUUUCUGUGAUAUUCCCCUAAUACUUGCUCUAUCGUGUUCUGAUACCCACAUAAAUGUGAUUGUAGUCUUUAUGUUGGCUUCAUUUGAUGUUGUUUUUGCUCUUUUGGUUAUCUUGAACUCUUACCUACUUAUUUUCAUUGUUAUCAUGAGGAUGCAGUCAACAGAGGGCCGAAAGAAGGCCUUCUCCACCUGUACAUCACACCUCACCACUGUUUCUCUCUUCUAUGGUACCAUCAUCUUCAUGUACUUACAACCCAACUCCAGUCACUCCAUGGACAGAGACAAAAUGGCAUCUGUGUUUUACACCAUGAUCAUCCCUAUGUUGAACCCUCUGGUCUAUAGCCUGAGAAACAAAAAGGUCAAGAAGGCAUUCAAAAAGUUUGCUGGAAAAGUACUAUUUUUACUGGGCUUAAGCAAUUAA